GGCGGGUUGGGUUCAUCGGGUUCAUGUAGUAUUUGCCGCCUCCUCCGACUUCAGGUCGGAUGCUUCCCUCGGCGCGCUUACUGCAACUGGAAUAGUGUCGAUGCUUACAAUAACCGAGCUUGACCUUUUAUUUAGGACGACCAGCUGAUGCCACGACACGGGCUGCCAUUUUCGGGUCAUUCCAGGCAAUCGUUCCCAAGGAUGGGGUAAUGGCUUCGGCUGUAUAGAAGAGGGACUACACAUCACCAUGGCCGAUGGAUGCUGCAGGGGAUUGGAACGAGCCCGCGGCAAGACUGCGUCAGACUCCCAGCCCCGAGCGGCGUACGCUCCGCAGUGCCCGCAGCAGGGUAACGACAUCCAGGAGCUCGCCUCCAAGCGGGUCGACAUCCAGAAGAAGCGCUUCUACCUAGACGUCAAGCAGAGCGUGCGCGGGCGCUUCCUCAAAAUAGCCGAGGUGUGGAUAGGCCGGGGCCGCCACGACAACAUCCGGAAAAGCAAGCUCACGCUCUCCAUGUCCAUGGCCCCGGCGCUCCGCUACAGCCUGGGGGACUUCAUUGAAUAUUACGCCCGCAUCGGACUGCGGGGCGGCCUCCUCGACGAGCACGGAAGCAUUAACGGGCAGGCCCGGAGGAGAGCGCCGGAGCCCGCGGCGUCGUCCCCCGCCGGCUCCGUGGCCUCGGAAGAUCACGUCCACCGCGUCCUUAAGAGCGAAUUCAUCGAAAGGGACAACCGGAAGUACUUUCUGGACCUGAAAGAGAACCAGAGGGGCAGGUUCCUGCGCAUCCGGCAGACGGUCAGCAAAGGGCACGGCACCAUGGGCUACUACGGCCAGGGCAUCGAACAGACCAUCGUCCUUCCCGCGCAGGGCUUAAUCGAGUUCAGGGACGCGCUCUCGCAGCUGAUAGAGGACUACGGCGACGACGACGACGCCGACGAGCGCGGCCGAGCGACGACCGGAAGCCACGACGACUCUACCCCGGAGCUUCCGGAGGCCGCGUCCUUCCGAGUGGACAACAAGCGCUUUUAUUUCGACGUCGGUUCCAACCGCUUCGGCGUCUUCUUGAAAGUCAGCGAAGUGCGGCAGCCCUACCGGAACACCAUCACGGUGCCGUUGAAAGCCUGGGCGAGGUUCGGGGAGAAUUUCAUCCGGUACGAGGAGGAAAUGCGACGAAUGUUCACUUGUAACAAAGAGAAGAGGACAGAAGCUCGGCAGGACAGCGAGGAACAUGGAGACUGACCUUGACAAUUCUGCCCUGCGAUGAGGUGGCGACUUGUCCAGGGUGUACCCCGCUUUCCGCCCGAUUGAAGCUGAGAUAGGCUCCAGUGCGCCCUGCGACCCCGAAGGGAAUAAGCGGUAGAAAAUGGAUUGAUGGAUGGAUGGAUACAUCAGAUUCUAUAUUGUGUUUGGAAAAAGGAUGUCAAAAAUAUUACUUAAUUCAUUAAAAAAAAAAUAAUACAAAGAAAACAACAUUUUUAUGCAUAUUUAAAUGUAAUCAGUAAUAAACAUUCAGUCACUUUCUUCUUUCCUUCAUAGACCUAGCCAAUAUUUGUUUCUGUAUUUAUAUUGUAAUAUUUUCAGAAUGUGUUUGUUCUGUUUUUCGGUCAGAGUAAGACAAAGAAAACAAUCUGAAGUUGUCUUUAUUUUUUAAUUUUUGUCAGGUUGAGUGUGUGAAGAACCCCAAGAUGCAGAGAAGGCGCAGGCAUUGUGCAAGAAAACAUAAUUUAAUGUCCAUAAAUAUACAAAUAAAGAAGAAACAAAAACCGGAAACUGGGAGGACAAACUGGAAACAGGGAACAGGGAUCCAGCAGACAGGAACUAGGAACAAACAAACUGGAAGCAGGGAACAAAAAGACAGUGAGCUACAAACAGCUACCGAAUAUAGCUUACCGCUACACUGACAUCAACACAACCAGUAGGAACGACAAGUAAAAAUUACAAUAAUCCAGCUCAGACCGGAUGGGAAGGCAGGUUCAAAUGGCUACUGGCUGAUUGACACCAGGUGUGCCCAGGUGCCAACCAGCCGCAGCUGAGGGGACACAGCACUCAGAGAAACAAGCAGGAAAUAAAGACCAAAUAUAAGCGCUGACAGGAAACAAAGACAAACGCAGAGGAAAAACUAACACAGCCAAACUGUCAGGAACAAGCCUGACAGUUUUAAUGCCAUGAUGUUAAUAGUCCGGCCCACGUGUGCACAGAUUUUCCUCCAUGUAGCCCCUGAAUUCAAAUGAGUUUGACAGCCCUGCCCUAAAUAAAUACCCCAAAUAACAGUGAUAAAAGUACUAAUAGUAAGUGUGUAUAAACAUAUUUCAAGCCCAGUUUCAACUAACGGUUUUUAGUUUUCCAACAUAAAAUCUUAGUAUCCUUUGCGAAAAUAAAAUAAUAGCCAUUUUCAGCCAACUCAUGCAGUGUGUAAUGAUUUAAAUGAUUUAAAAAUCUUUCUCAUUUUAAUUGGAAAUCAAUCAGUGAGCCCACAAUCAUCUAAAACAUUCACAAAUUGAUGGACCAAAUUUUGGUUUGAAAAUAUUAUCCUUCUUAAUGCUAGUUUGAGUUCCAACUAGGCUUUUAAAAUUCAUGGAAUAAUCCUAAAUCAGACCCUUUACUAUUGACCUGGGCUUUUUGUGGCAUUGCAAUAGAGACGUGGUAAAGCUACAUCAUGACAGCUUGUGG